AUGAAGGGUUACUUGAGAGGUCAGAGUCUAUGGCAGUACAUAGAAGAAGAGAAGCAGCCGCCACAGUUGGGGCCAUAUCCAACCUUGAAUCAAAUAAGAAUCCAUGAAGAGGAGACUGCUAAAGCUCCAAGAGCUCUGUCCCAUAUACAUGCAACUGUUACGGAUCAAGUCUUCACAAGGAUAAUGGCUUGUGAGAUAGCAAAGGAAGCUUGGGACAAACUUAAGGAAGAGUUUGGAGGAAGUAGCCAAACCAGAAACAUGCAAGUCUUGAACCUAAGGAGAGAGUUUGAGACAUUGAAAAUGCAAGAGGCUGAAGUGGUUAAGGAGUAUGUAGAUAGAUUAAUAAAUGUGGUUAACAAGAUAAGGUUGCUAAGGGAAGAGAUAAUUGAUAAAAAGAAUUGUAGAGAAGGUAUUGCUCAAGAGCAAAGAAGAAAGCUGAGACAUGAGGACAGUGGUGAAGCUGCAUUGGUUGUCCAACAAAAGAGCAAGCCAACUCAAGAAGGAAACAAGAGGUUUAUUGGAGAUAAGAGAGGAAAGGAAACAGCAAGCAAUCAGUGGAACAAACCAGCUGGUUUUAGGAGUUUUGCACCAUGUUCUCACUGCAAAAAGAAGAACCAUGUAGAGAGUAAGUGCUGGUUCAGACCAAAUGUUCAAUGUAGGGCAUGUAAACAAUUCAGUCACAUUGAAAAGGUCUGCCAAAACAAACCACACCAGCCAGCACAGCAAGCACAGAUGGCUGAGGAUCUACAACAAACUACAGAAUCAUAG